GUUUUAUAGAUUUAUAGUAUGGCAACACCAAAUUCAAUACCUGUAAAAUUUUACCGUUUGCUGCACGUAAAAUGCGUUUUUGUGUGAUUUACGUGUAAUAUUCCCGUCUUACGGUGUAGAAAAUCAAUAAAAUAGUGAUAUUUUUGGUGUUAUAAGUGAUAAUUCAAAAAAACUUUGUCAAGGACAUCAUUCCAAACUCUCAUGCGUGUGACACAUUCUGAGACGCCAUGUUUGUCACGUUUUUAGUCAUUUGUGAAUAAUUUAGCCAAAAAAUUAAAUUUCUUUCGUGUAAUAUCAGUGCUUUUUAUACCUGUGACACAAUGAGUACAGUUUUUACAAACAACAAGGGAAAGCGGUCUCGGUCGUCGUCCAACGAAGGAAACAAUUCCUUCGUGAAGAAUGUGACGUCACGCAUGACGGGGCUGCUCCCCGCUACCAUCACCAAGUGGUUCAGCAGUCCGUCGACGACGUCCAACGGGUCGGCGCAGGCGGCUGACUCCGACUCGUCCACUGAGGACGAGGCGGCGGAUCCCGGGCCCGCGCAGCCGCCGCCCUCCAAGCGGAUGAGGUUCUCACCAAGUGCGAACUGCACCAACUUUGCUGAGACAAACGCAGCAGAGAGCAGAACGUACGACGUGCCGGAUCACCCAGAGCCGUGCACCUCAAACAGCAGUGUGGUGCAGACGCCGAGCACUCGCACCUUCCGGAGGGAUCCCGAGUUUGUCUCCACACCGCUGGCCACAACCUCGGAGAAAUCAGUGGACAAGAGUGAAAGAGACACCACCACCUACAAAACACACACUGUCUCACAGUUACGACGUUCUGUCACGAGGAACAGAAAGUCGUUGUUCCACAAUGAUUCUAGUGCCAGCGCUGACGCUUCUAUCAAGGCUUGUGAGAAAACCUUACAAAACACAGUCCAAGAUUUGAAGCAGCCAUAUUUCAAAGCGAGCUUGCUUGGUUCACCAUUUUAUUCAGGCCGGACCAUGUAUGGUGGCGCAAGCAGCUCAAAGUAUCUAAAUCAACCAAAUGUCACACAGAGAAAGGUUGCAGUUGUGAACGAAUCCAAUAACGCCGACAACACAGUUAGCUCGGCAGCCAGAAGAGUUAUGGAUCUGCUAGAACAUUACUCCUCCCCACUGAUGGAAGCUAAGAGGAUACCACCAUAUACGAAAAAAUUAAAUCACAGCGUAAACAACCAUAGUUUCACUCUUCCUCCCAAUAGCACAUUCGAGAAUAGGAUCAAAUCGUACAAAACGCAAGAGCUAUACGUGCCGAGCGUCGCGACGUUCCUGCGGGUGAAGCAGCGUAACCGGCUGAUGGACUCCACGUCCUCCGCGCGCCAGAUCAUGGCGUCGCAGAGCAGCACGGCGCACCUCUACCCCGCCAGCGACACACAAGAUAAAGAACCAAGCAAAUACACAGCCAAAGUGAAGUCGCGGUUGACGAGACCAAAACGUGGCGAAAACAGUGAUUUCGAAAAUGACAUGUUGACUCCCGUUGAGCUGCCGACCGGGACGUUGCAGAUAGACCACAACAAUCUGCCCAAGUUCUCGUUCGGAGACGCGACGACGCCGCUGUGCUCCACCCCGCACCCGAGCUCGCGGCUCGCCAACCCACUGAGCUCGUCUAAAUCCAUCACAGCAAAAACAAUUAUAUCCAAAAACGACAACUUUAAAUUCUCUAGCCCCAUUAGAAUAUCACACGACGAGGCCGAAGAUGAUGUAGAUUCCAAAUUCACAUUCGGCAGCCCCGACCGGACCGUCGCCAAGACGGCCGCCGCGCCGCUGCCCCCUCUGUCCUCCCUCGUAGCUACCACCAACUCGAAAGACUGGAAAUGUACAGAUUGCCUGGUUCCAAACAAGUCGGACGCGGUGAAGUGCGUGUGUUGCGGCGGCCAGCGCCCCGCGCCCGCCGCCGACCGCCCGCCCAAGUGCGUCGUGUGCAAGCUCGCCAACAGUGCAGCGAAUAAAGACAAGUGUGUCAACUGUGAAAAGACGCAAACGAAUAGUUUAAGUAAAUCUACAGACUCAUCCAAAUGGAAAUGCGACAGUUGUUGGGUGAGCAAUGACGAAGGUGUGAGUAAGUGUGUGUGUUGCGGGGCGACGAGGCCGGGCGCGCCCGCCGCCGCCGCCGCCGCCCCGGCUGCGCAGUGGAAGUGCGACGACUGCUGGGUCUCCAACAAGAGUGAGCUCGACAAGUGUGCGUGUUGCGGCGGCGCCAAACCAGGAGCCAAGAAAACCACGGCUACUCCAGCCCUCGCCGCCUCUACUGGAUUCAAAUUUGGCAUCCAGCCGGCCGCAGGCACCCCCGCCAUCCCCACCGCUCCCACCGUUCCCACUGGAUUUAAAUUCGGUGUCCAGUCGAACACAGAUACCAAUAAGACACCAAUAAGUAAUAGCUGGAAUAGCACAAACUCAAAUCCUAAAAUUACGCUGAACAACUCUGAAUCCAGCGCGAAAAUCGCCGACUGGCGAUGCGACGACUGCUGGGUGAUGAACAAAGGUGGGUAUGAGCAAUGCGCGGCGUGCGGCGGCGCCAAGCCGGCCGCCACCGCCCCCGCGCCGCCCACCGCCAGCUUCAGCACCCCCAGUUGCCCACCACCACCACCAGCCAGGUGGGAAUGUAGCAGUUGUUUGGUCAAAAACGACAAUAACAGAAUGAGAUGCAUCUGCUGCGAAGCCGAGAAACCGGGUACAAAGAGCGAAGCGUUGAAAAACUCCUUCAACUUCGGAGCGACCCCCAAUUUGUCGUUCAAAUUCGGCAUCGACGCUGCGGCGACUAAAACUGACGCAGUCACCGCGAAGCCACUCGAAGACGUCACUAAGAAACUGGAGUCGGAAACAAAUAACAACACAUUACCCAAAGCACCCACAUUCUCGUUUGCGACUCCGGACAAAAAGAGCGUAAGUUCAGUUACAGACAAAGACAAGCCGACCUUCAGUUUCGGAAUGCCAGCCAAGACAGAGUCGCAAACAUCUAGUACAAACUUCCUCAGUACCCCUGUGAAGGUAGCAAGUGUGAAUAAUGAAGAGAAAGAACAAGAAGUUCCUAAGAUGCCCGAGUUGCCGAAGACUAACGCUGUGGUCGCGACGCCGGCCGAGGGCAAGCAAGCCCCCGCGUCCGCCUCCACGGGCUCCUCAGGUAGUCUCUUCAAAUUACCGGAGUCAGAUCAAGGAGAUAAACCGAAGAAACCCCUGUUCGGGUCUUUCCUGGACUCAGGCGCGGGUAAAGAAAGCACAGAAAACAAAUUUGUGAUUAAUCCGGAUUCGAAAUCCAGCCCGUUCAUGAAUAAAACUGAAACCGAGAGCAAAAGUAUCUCCAGUGCGAAUGCGGCGACGACGACCGCCGCGGCCGCUCCGGCCACCGCCGCCGCCGUCUUCACCUUCAACCCCGUCACCACAAGUGAAGCGCCCAGCUUUAGCUUCACAGCCAAGACGACGCCGGCGAUCGCGCCAAAGUUCGUCAACGGUGACUCAGACACGUUCCGAGCCAGCCCGUUCCCCGCCGCGUCCUCCGCCGCCGCGCAGAAACCUCCCGCCUUCUCCUUCGGCACCUCGACGGCCUUCAAGCCGAGCGAGGGCGCGCCCAUGUUCGGAGGCUCGAGCUCCGGCGCGGUGACGUUCGGCGCCGCCACCACCGCCGCGCCCACGUUCGGCUCUACCGCCGCGCCUACCUUCGGCGCGCCCGCGACAACAGCCGCGCCUACGUUCGGAGCGCCCACGACCACCGCCCCGCCUGCAUUCGGCGCGCCCGCGACUACCGCCGCGCCCACGUUCGGCGCGCCCGCUACCACCGCCGCGCCUACAUUCGGAGCGCCGAGCACCGCGGCUCCUACGUUCGGAGCGGCCGCCAGCACCCCCGCGCCUACCUUCGGCAGCGCAGUUACCAACUCGGCGGCACCCACGUUUGGAAGCUCAGUGACCAACUCAGCCGCGCCUACAUUCGGCAGCGCAGUCAGCAACUCGGCGGCUCCCACAUUCGGCAGCGCAGCGACCAACUCGGUGCCUACCUUCGGCAGCGCGGUGACUAACUCGGCCGCGCCUACGUUUGGCAGCGCGGCCACUAACUCAGCAGUGCCUACAUUUGGCAGCGCAGCGACUAACUCAGCUGUGCCCACGUUCGGCAGCGCGGUGACCAACUCGCCGGCGCCUACAUUCGGUAGCCCGGCGGCCGCGCCCGCGCUCACAUUCGGAAGCGCGGCGAGCUCCACUGCGCCUAAAUUUACCGCCAACCUGAAUAACUCCGGCAGUACAUUCGGCGGAGCGUCAUUCUCGUUCGGCGGCGGCAUGUUCAGCCAGCAGGCGGCGGCGCCCGCGCCCCAGUUCGGAGCGGGCUCCAACAUGUUCGCCGCCCCCGCCGCCGCGCCCGCCGCUAAUCCCGCCCCCGCCCCCGCACCCGCCUUCAACUUUGGCACACCGCAAGCUGCAGGUGUUUUCGGCUUCGGACAGCAGCAACAGCCGCCUCAGGCCGGGAUCUACAACUUCGGUGCGGCAGCGGCCGGCUCGCCCUCCGUGCAGUUCAACAUGGGAUCGGGAGCGGCACAAGGCAGCAUGGUGAACACGGCCGGCCGCAAGAUACGCCGGGCGACACGGCGCGCCAACCAGCGGUGAAUCGCCACCGAGCCCCCCGCCAACACCGGGAUCACAUGCUAAGUGUAUAGUUGUAAUAAUAGUUGUUAACGAACACUAACACCCGUAUUUAUAAACAAGUAAGUGAUUACUUGAGUAAAAGUAAAUACUCAAGACACAAUUUUCAUUCUACAGUUUAGUUGUUGUACAACUUGAAGUUAGACCUGUCAAUUCCGAUAUAGAAUAAAACUUUCUACUGAACAAUAGGGAAUAUGCAAGCGAUUCAAACAAAGUUUAAAUAUUAUUUUUAAUAAACUUGGUUAUUUCAAAAUUAUGCCUCCAUCAAUAUUUUUGAUUAUAAAUUAUUUUUGACCGAGUAAAUAAUUGUUAAUUAAACUAUCGUAAAUUCAAAUCUUUGAAACAUGAUGCCUUUUCAUAGAGCGAAUGUGACGUAAACAAUGUUGAUAUGUCAAUCUCAGAAUAAUCUAUGCCCAUUGAACUGAGCGUUCGCGUGACUGGAGAAACUCAUUACGAGCUGAAUAACGAGGUGAUGACGUCACACAUGUUUUGUGUGUUUUAUGUGGUCGGGUCGGUUAUAAACUUUUAACUUUCUUUAAAAUAUCUUAAAUUACUUUUUGGCGUUGAAUUUAUUUAUACUAAAAUAAAGCUGGACACGUCUCACAACCGAAUGGACACCUAGAGAUGGACAGCGCAAGGUCGGCAAGCCGCUGAUGCGAUGGACUGAUGAGUUAAGGAAGUUCAACUCAUUAUGGUGGAGACUAGCCCCAAACAGGAACUUGUGGAACUGGAUGUCAAAAGACUUCAUUGCUCAAAAAUAGUAACAGAUAACAGAAACAGUCUCUCUAGCUACAAUAUACAACACAUCACCCAGUCAAGUCUGGUUAGCACGGGUGAUUAGACCAAACCUCACUGAUAGAUUUAGUGAGAGGCCUACCAUGUCCUAUAAAGGACUUAAAUGAAUAUGACAUAAUUUUAAUGUGAAUUCAUAUAAAUUAAUGGUAUUAUUUUGUUACGUAUUGUUUGAGUUGCAUAAUAUUUAAUGGUAAAUUUAUAUUGAUUAUAAUUAGAUAUUAAUCGAAUGUAAAGUACUUAAUUGAAUGAUUAAGAUAUUUGGAUAUAAUAAUAUUGGAUUAAUUACAAGGCAUAUUUUUAUAUUUAAUACUUUGCAUGAUAGUAGUGUAGAUAAUUGAUUAAUGUAAUUUAUUUAAACUGUUAAUUUAUUUUGAAUAAUUUGUCUACAUUGUCAACAUUUGCAUGAUUAUGAUUACUUGUUUGGUAAUAAUUUCUUAAACUAAAGUCAAUGCAUAUGUUUGUAAAACUUAUUAUUGAAUAAAGGCUUUAUUAUUAUUAAAAUAAAGCAAUGUAAAUCUAUCGAAUAAGAAUAUAAAAAAUAUGCAUAUUCCCUAUUCUAGCUUCAAGUAAUUUCUUAAUGAAGCAAUUAAGUACUUGAAGUUAGAAUUCUUCAGCUAUAUACAAAGUUUUUUUUUUAUAUUCAAGUAAUGAACGUUACUUACCUAAGUAAGAGUCGACACUUGAUGGUUGUUCUCACUGGCAACUCUUCGUUGCUGCGUUUUGUUUGUUAUAUGUUCCUCAUAACGUGAGGUCUAGAUUUUUUUUACAAAGACUUGCAUUGUUAUCGCCGCAGUAGGAAAAAAAUUAAAUAAAUUUUAUCACCUGAAUGAUUUUAAGAUCGCGCUUUUCAAACGGCUAUGUUAAAAUCCGUUAACUAGUUGGACGUUUUGUGACGCUUGUUCAAUCAACGUUCGGCCUAGUCAUAAAACUGAAUAGCGUCAUUCAGUGAACGAGUUAGUGAUGGAAAUGAGAAAUGAAAGUGAAAAAGGAGAUUCAACCAGAUGCCUGGGACAUACCUACUUACCUACCGUUUUUCAGGCAUCUACAAAACAAUUGAUGAAAUACAAAACUCUUAUAAAAAAUAUUACGAAAAUGUAAGGGGUAUUAAAAUAUGUAGAUUUAUUGAUAUGUAAAAUAUUAGAGGAAGAAGCAUAAAAAGAAGAUACAUGAGGAAGAACAGAAAAAAAUUUCGCUUUAAACGAGUCUAUCCAAGAUUGUUAUUUGUUAGCAUGUUCUCAUUCUUAAGCGCGCUCCACACUCGCGCCGCGAACGCCCGCGAAAAGCGAGUUUAGAUGUUGUUCGCGCCUCCGCGGCGCGAGGUGUAGAGCGCACUUUAAGUAAAGGAAAUGGCGACUAUUACCUAUCUGGCUGAGAAUUCUAACUUUUGACAGGUCUAACUUCAAGCAAUUUCUAAACUAUAGAAUGAAAAUUGUUACUUGAGUAUUCACUUUUACUCAAGUAAUCACUUUUACUUGUUUAUAAAUACGGGUGUACCUAAGAUAGCAACUAAGCUCGUUGCCCAACGUGCGUCGACGCAAGUACAGUCAAUGUCAGAUGUGUUUAGAAUUUUGAAGUAUACUUUGUAAAAUAUAGCAUUAGUCCUAUCCUAUUAGAUACUUGAUUCGAGUUAUUGUCAUAGGACUCAUGCUAUAUUUUACAAAGUAUACUUAAUAACUGUUGGUAGACGAUUUGUUAUGGCGUGGUAUAAACAUUUAAACGUAUGAAUCAUCAGGGCAUCGACUGUACUCAGUGAGCAACGUAUUAAUGCGUUUACAACUCAUUCGGCAAUCGCUCAUGUAAAUAAUAGAAAAAUGGCUGCUUAUCACAUGUCGAAUUCAGUGUCUCGAAACAAAACGGGUAUAGAAGACAAGCAUGUAAAUGGUAAACAUCACUAAUCUCAGUAUGGAUACUAAUGUAAAGUAGGUACCGGUAGUUUUUUAUAGUUGGUUUUGUUUUAUACAAUACAAAUAAUAGUAAUCUUUGAAUCAGGACAGGCCUUAUUAAUUAGUGCAGGAGUUAGAUGUUUUACCAAUAAUACCUGUAGGGUCUAAGUAUCGACUUAUUUGAUAUCUAAUUGUUUUUAAAAUCCAUUUAACAAUAAUUCUUGUAAAUGACCUGAGUGGUUCGAUGAUGUUUCACAAUUUUUAUUCUUUGUAAUCAUCUGUUUGUGUAUGGCUUGCCAAUUUAUAUGUUACGACUUGUUAUGAGCUUAAAUUUACAAUAGAAGAUUUCCAAGAACACCAAAAAUAUAAUACUGCGCCGUUCAUUUUGAUAUAUUAAUUAUAUUACUGUAUGUAGACUUCAAUACUUUAUAAAUAUACUACUCUAAGAUUUAUUAAAAAUUGUAGCACAGGUAGUGUUUAAAAUGCAGUGAUAUUAAAACCGACGGCUUCCACAUUAAAAUAAAUAGUAUUUUUUACAGAAUUUUCACAUACAUUCUGAAAAAAUGUGUAACUUUAAAUUACUGACGAGAUUAAAUUAAGCGAUUGAAUUGUCAUGAUUGUUUCAAAUACAAAAAAAAACGUACCGUGACAUUACGGGUGUUUCUAUUCGUAUAAGAAUGGCUAUGGCUUCCAUGCUAAAGUCAGCAAAAAGAAAAAAUUUCCUAUUUCUAUUGGUCUCUAUCACUAGCAUACUUAUAUGUAAUGCUCACACAGUAACCUUAGUAGUUGGAUUGCAAGCGUGACGGCUCUAUAAUGACCGAAUGGUGUAGUGGUUAGUGACCCUGACUGCUAUGCCGAAGGUACCGGGUUCAUAUUUGUUUAAAAUACAUUCUCACUCACUCGAGUUUUAAUAUGUAUACCUCUAUACAUUUCUAUAUAUCUAUACAUCUGUGAACACAUAUUAGCUGGCUGAUACCCAUAUUACAGGAUCUGCCUUGACUGGGGUCGGAUGGACGUGUGUGAGAUGUCCCCACAAAUUAUUAUUAGUACUAUGUGCAUGUGACAGAGACAAAUAUAAACAGGGUGAUACUUGUUUUAGCUGUUCUUAGCUUUAAAAUAAACCAGAGUAGAGCUCCGGUAGGGUAAUAAGAUCGCAUAGUGCCUCUAACACGUUUAAAAUAUUUGUCAAUUGCCAUAGCCUUUCGGAAAUACGGGACUAUUGACGUGAAGUUUGCAUUUAGUCAGUGCUUAUUAAAAAAAUU